UGUACAGCUCACUGAAGAGAAAAUAGUGCGGGACUACUUUUGUGACGUCACUGUUGAGCAGGUAGAAGCGGGACAGAGAUAGCGUGCGUUGGAUGUUGAGCAGGAAACAUGUCGGGAAUUAUUAUAGCAGCGGUUUGUGUUUUAUUCGCAGGCAUUAGCCAUGCACAAGAUAACCCAUCAUUUGACGAUGCCGGACCUAAUUAUAUCAAGGAAGGAGAUGAAAUUAACUUGUCCUGCACAACGACAGCAGAUGUGCAGUUCAUGGCCUCCAAGCAGCUGGCUAUUGUCCACAAAAAACCUAGCAACUGAAGCCACAACCAUCAUUUCAGAACAAGAGAGUCUGUUAGCCGCUAAUACAGAUAAUUAUGUCAUCAAGCUUGAAAUGAUACCCAUUGUGCGCGUCACUCUCAAAAUAAAAAAAGCAUCUGCAGCUGAUGAUGGUGAAUACACCUGCCGCACCCAGAAGACUGGGACCAGUGAUGCUCUGGAGUCUGCCACCAAGCAGGUCGUCUUUGUUGCUCCUGUAAGUGAAGUCAAGCUGACAGUUAACGAUGAGGUAAAAGCUGAAGGAGAUACUAUAGAAUCAAAGCCAGGAACAUUGACGGUGAACUGCGAGGCCAUGGGAUCCAACCCUGAACCUUUAAUACAAGUGAUGGUAGGAGACCAGAUGAUUGAGACCGGUACAGUUAACUCCAUCAUGGACAAAGAAGGAAAUACAGAGAGACGGUCGUUCAAGUCUGCAGUCACCUUUGAGCUGGACUUUGAUCACAGUAUGUUUGAAAAAGCCCUCAAGUGCCAGGCGAAACCUACCUUACCAGAUGAUGUGACCCCGCCAAGCCCAGCAGAGAUGGCAGUCAGCGUCAAUCUUAAAGGAAUCGUAGACAAACCAGUGAUUUCAUGCCACAACAAUACUGCAGGCCUCAACGACCGCCGAGUGACCCUCACAUGCUUUGUGUCCAAGGUCCCAAAAGUGAAGUCAGUCAUGUUUAAUGUCGGUAACAGGCACCAACUGUAUCCUGGCAACCAGACAGAAUCUCUCACAGAAGUCAUACAAAAGGGUUACAAUGAUACUCAUGAUGAAGUGAUACUGAAGUUCUACGAAAUGAAGGAAUGGCAUUUCUCGGCCAACAUCUACCUUGAUGUCAAGACAUUUGACAAUCAGGUUUUCCAGUAUCCAGUGUACUUGUUGAAAGGCGAUACUCCAAGUGAAAAGGACGUUUCACCUGCUGGAGUGAAUGGUGCCACUUCCCUGUCAGGGGCCAUAACUCUGUUGGCGGUAUGCCUGCUCGCUGGACUGCUUCAGAAGGUGUUAUGAACAUCUGAGAUUAUGCAACAAAUUUAGGACAGUACUAAGAGUAGGGAAUAAGAAGCUGCAGGUGCUGAAGAGGCAAAAGCAAGACCAGAUCAACUUGACCUCCCCACCACUCACAGCCUGCAGACAGCUGAUGAUAUUAACUGGCUGUAUGAUAUAUCAAAAGUUUGCUGAGAAAACCUCAGGCAGUUUGGGCAGAUGAUAGUCAUAAAAUGUUUAGUGUGAAAGUUUGCUCUCGAAAUGUUCCAGUUUGAAGAAGAUGAAUCUUUCAGAACGUCAAGCCUAUUUGGAAAAUAUUUCUUGCCAGUGUCUUACUAUAGGCUGCUUUAUUACAAUUCAGAUCACUGUUGUUUUAUAGACUUUGAUUCCAGACAGUCUAAGAUCAUAAUUAUCUUUCCAUCUCAGCAAUAAUAUUUAAGUUGUGAUGGACUUUAAGUGUUAAAUGUUGUUGCCUGAAAUCCAGAUAUAUGUUAAGUGUAAUUGAUUCAGGGAAGACAACACUUUGAUAAGCAAGACAUAUUCCACUUUCUUCAUCGGCCUUUCUAAUUUUGAAGACCCAUGUUUUUGUAUGUACAUGUUCUAAAACUGUUACCUGUAUCGACUUAAGAAGUACUUCUACCUGUAUUGUGUUGAAUGCAUUACGUCAUAUUUCAGUUCAUCCACCUGUUUGGUGGUAUGUACUUUUCAUACUUAUGUUCCUCAGCAUGUGUUGUGUAGGUAUGUUACCUUCUUAAUUAAAUUUGUCUCCCUUAGUUUACUGUCUAGCGGCCUUUCUGUUACUCUUGUAAUUAUUCCUACCAGUUCCUUUGAUACAGGUUUUUACAGCCUGAGUUUUGCCGUGUAAGUAUUGACUAACGUAUGAGUUUACUGCUUCUGAUGUACACACACGGAUUUCAUUGUUCAUCACAAUAUUCGAACCUAGUAAUCAACACUUGCGUGUGGUCCUCCGACUUGGGGUUGGCUGUUUGUAAGCUUAUGUGAUGAAAUGUUUGAUGCACAGCAAUAAUAUACAGUAUGUAUGUCGUUAUAUAGUGUACCAACUUAGUUAUAACAUAUUGUAUGUUUGACCAAACUGUGCUGCAAUACGUGUAUAUAUUCCACAGUGAUUUAUUUGAACCACAUGGUAAUGUCCAUCACAUGCAAGUAUCCCCACUUGUCGCCGGACCAGGUAGUAUUCAAUAGCCUGAGCACAAUUUGCAUAAUUCAAUCAUAAUUUCUAUUCAAAUUUUGUGGAGACCCCUUGCGCUUGUGCCGACAGUUUCCUCCCUAAACGUUGAGGGUAUUCUCUUCCUGCCACCCUUCAGUUUCCACCCCAAUGUUUUGGAUGCCCAUCGCCUAUCCUCCACCCCAAUGUCCCACCCCCCCAUCCACAUCCUACCAUAAAUGCGUCUUUCUCUCCCAUUAUCCCUGCCCAGAACAACCCAUUAAAAUGUUAAGAGUUGUAAAUUUAUUUUUCUACCUGUCCCUACCUAAUACACAACCCUUUUCAAACCCCCCACCCCCCUGCCCUGUCCUCAUGCCCCCAUGCCCAAACCUCAACAUAUACUCAACUAAGGGCACACUCGAAGGGCAUUUCAUUGUUGUGUUAUGUGUACGUUUAAGAAGAAUGCUGUAUUUAUGUACACUAUUUUGCCUGAAAGGAAAUUGUUUUGUAUAAUCAUGUACGGCCUCGCCUUGGACAAGUGCUAUUAUAGAACUAGAGAAUACAGAGCCACACACAUGCAAUCUACCUCUAAUUCCAUGGGGAAGUGUGGCACUGGUUACAACAGUGGGAUACCAUGUAAUAUUUGUAUGCAUGUUGGUCUGGUGUGAUGCUCAUUGUACAGAUAGAUAGUCAUUGUAACUGUGGUAUACAACAAAAGUUAUCUCCCUUUCACUGGCGUACACGUACGUCCUAUUUUGAUAUGUAAUCUUUUCCUUUAUGCAAAGUUCAUACAUUCCAUUCCCUUACAGGACUAAUGCAGCUCAUUGUCCAUAGUUGGAUUACAGUGGAAGGGAGACAACUCUGGGUGUAGCAACAUUGGGUGAUUAGUAUAAAACUACUUUGAAAGAAGCCAGCUGAACACCCCUGGCAGUCAGUGGGCCACACAUUUUGGGGAGUUUAUCGUGUGCUUUUUAUAGUUUUAAGAAUCUUUCGUGUAUUCCACAACGAUGUAUACUUCAUGUGACUCACGGAUAACUACGAACAAUAUCUUAUGUACCUGGCUUUGUAGUCACUUUUUAGAAAACAAAACACUAGUUUUACAGUUUCUCUCUGGCUUUAUUAUUUCAUGCGUCUUAAAGGGUAAAUGCUAAGCAACCUCUUUCCCAUAUCCAGCGGUGUGGAGUUGUAAAAUUUAUUAAAAUACUCAGAAAAAAAAGACUUUGGCCCAGGAUGACCCUAACAAUAAUACUAUUGUUUAGUAUUUGGGAGAUAAAUGUAGAAAUACAAAAUGGAGGCACAAAGUCUUGUUUGAUGGAAGAUAAUAUUUUGUAUCUCUUUUGUAAACGUGCUGGGCCAACUGGACUCCACAGUUGGUUAUACAAUGACGGAUCCUUGAUCAUUGGGGAGAUAGGAGUGUUCACUACUGCAACGCCAAUGCUGGUCUGUGUACAGGGUGACGUAGGUGCACAGUGAUGUUGCCUGUGACUCCUCCCAUGUUGGCGUGUACACUGGGGACAGGUGCUUGCAAGAGUGGAUGUGAUGCUUAGAGGUUGUGGCAGGUUUGAACAAUCCGCACCAUUGUAAAUUUUACAACGACUGUGAUUGGCCAAACCCUAACUUGUAGAUUCAUCUAGACUAUUGCUGUCUUCUGUUGUCAUAGACACAUCAUGUUGUAAUAAAGAUUUUUACAGCUUUCA